AUGUCUUCAUCCAGGUUAUUGGGUGGCACCGCCGCCGCCCAGCGAUCGAUACUCCGCGCACCGCGCUCAGCACAGCUAUGGCACGGCAGCACCAAUAACGCCUUGUCCAGGACGCGGUGCACGGCGCCCGCAGCGGUGCGUGGGUUCAAAACGACUCGGCUAGCCCUGUUCAAGAGCGAUGCUGCCGAUGACGAUCCUGGUGACUACUUUGAUUUUGCGUUUGUCAAGAGGGAUCAUACUGCCAAGGGGACUACUGAUAAGCCUACGACGGCGACGGCGGCGACGACGACGACGACGACGUCACGUCUCGCUGCUCCCUCGGCGGCUCCAUUCACGGCCGAGGCCAACAAGUUGGCAGAGAAUUUUGGAUUCUUGUUUGACUGUGAUGGCGUCUUACAUAAAGGCAACCAAACCAUCAGUGGAGCACAGGAGGCUCUCCGUCUGUGCCACGACCAGGCAACAAGGUAUCUCUUCCUGACUAAUGGAGGGGGCAAUACUACCGAGGACCAAAAGGCCGUCAGCCUCAAGAAGAAGGUCGGCUUGAAGACGGGAGAGCUGGUGGACGGGAGGGUGAUCCAGUCGCACACGCCGCUCAGCACAUUCAAGGAGGAGAGUAAGCGGAAUGAUACUGUUUACGUCACCAGUUUGGAUCCGAGCCGGGCGAGGGAUAUUGCCAAUGCGUACGGCUUCAAAAACGUAGUCACAGCAGCAGACCUGAUCCAACACUACCCGGACAUUUUCCCCUUUGAACCCAAGAUGAUUGACGGGCACGCCGAGGCACAACCACUCCCUAACGGGACGAAGAUCUGGCGGGGGGGUUCGCUGGACUUUGACGAGGCCGAGCUCGAGCGGGGCAACCACCUGAGGAUAGACCACAUCUUCGUCCUCAACGACCCACGCGACUGGGCUCUCGAGACGCAGAUCAUCCACGACCUCCUCAUCUCACACAGGGGAUACCUGGGUACCGUGUCCGAGUUCAACGGCGACCGCUCCUCGGACAACAACGGCUGGCAGCAAGACGGCCAGCCGCAGGUGUGGGUAUCCAACCUCGACCUCCUCUGGAAGACGGAGAAUCCCAUCAGUCGCUUCGGCACGGGGGCCUUUGUCCACGCCCUCCGUGGGGUGUGGGCCGUCGCGUCGGGUGGUCGGGAGCUCCGGUUCAAGUAUAUGGGUAAGCCGUCGCAGAUCACCUACGAGUACGCGCACGAGUGCCUGCUCCGCGGGACGGCAGCGGCCGCGCCCGGAGAGGAGAAGAAGGCCUUGCGUCGCGUCUACAUGGUCGGGGAUAACCCGGAGAGCGACGUUCGCGGCGCCCUGGAGUUUCACCCGCAGGACGGCACAGAGUAUGUGCCCAUCCUUGUGCGCACGGGGGUCUGGGAGGAGACGCAGGCUGAGCCGAAGCCCAGGGUCACGCCGGCUGUCAUUGUGGACGAUGUGCUCGAUGCUAUUGUCUGGGCCAUGAGGCAGGAGGGUAUCGACGUCGACAGGGAGAUGGUCCUGCCGAAUCGUCUGUCAAAGGAUUGA